AUGCGUCCCACACCCGCUCGGCUCUUUCAGAGCUUUCGAGCCCUUCAGCAUGAGAACCCUUUGGGCCUUCCUCGGUCUGGUACUCCGCCAACAUGGGGUAAACGCCCUGUACGCCGUAAGAUCACGGGCGUUGAGAAGGUUAUUGCCGUAUCAUCCGCCAAAGGAGGCGUAGGCAAGAGCACAGUUGCAGCCAAUCUGUCUUUGGCCUUCGCUCGUCUUGGCUUCCGUACAGGCAUCUUGGACACUGAUAUCUUUGGUCCAUCUAUUCCAACUUUGUUUGAUCUCUCAGGAGAACCGAGGUUAUCAAACAACAGUCAACUGAUCCCGCUUACAAAUUAUGGAGUCAAGACUAUGUCUAUGGGCUACCUGGUCGGCGAGAACGCACCUGUCGUAUGGCGAGGUCCCAUGGUGAUGAAAGCUAUUCAACAGCUUCUUCACGAGGUGGAGUGGGGUGGCGUUGAUGUUCUCGUCCUCGAUCUGCCCCCAGGUACAGGAGAUACGCAGUUGACUAUCACACAACAAGUCGUCCUAGAUGGCUCGGUCAUUAUUACAACACCCCAUACCCUAGCAACCAAGGAUGCCAUCAAAGGUAUCAAUAUGUUUAAAACUGUUGACGUCAACAUCCUCGGCGUAGUACAGAACAUGUCACUUUUUCAAUGUCCUCACUGUCAUGGAGAAACCAAUAUCUUUGGUUCGAAUGCGAGAGUGGAGAAACUUUGCCAAGAGCAUCAGAUCAACUUCUUGGGCGAUAUUCCCCUGCAUCCCAGCAUUGGAGACGAUGGUGAAAGGGGAAAGCCCACAGUGGUAGCGGAACCUACGAGCGAAAGGGCAAAUGCCUUCCUCAAGAUAGCACAGGAUAUAUGUCCCAAGAUCGGUCUGGAUAGCAAGUGA